AACACUAUGACCCGCAGCAGAGGGCCGUCGAGGAGCAGCUGCUACCAACAACAACAUCAAAAUGUUGUCCAAAAUCUUGAAGUCUGUGAUCAGUCAGAGUCAAAUCAGUCAGUACAGUGCAUGGUCGGGCGCCCGCAGUACAGCUUCUCUCAUGUGGACAGACUUCUGGGAGUUGUCUAUGAGAGCUCUGGCACCCUUUAUGACAUCUGUUAGAAGUAACAGCACUGUAUCAGAAGCCACCUUUAAAACUCAACCAUACAAGCUGCACCGACUUGAAGAACCUCCCAGUGCUACAGCCACCUGCACCAGGGAUGAAGCUCUCCUCUUUUACCGUCAGAUGCAAAUUAUUAGGAGGAUGGAGUCUGCCGCCAGUAACCUCUAUAAGGAAAAGGCCAUUCGUGGAUUCUGUCACUUGUACAGUGGUCAAGAAGCCAUCUGUGUAGGUAUAAAAGCAGCUCUGAGGCCUCAAGACUCCGUCAUCACUGCUUAUCGUGACCAUGGAUGGGCGUACGUCAUGGGCUGCUCACUUAUAGGUGUCAUGGCUGAGCUGACGGGGAGGACACAAGGCGUGGCACGAGGCAAGGGAGGAUCCAUGCACAUGUACACCAAGAACUUCUACGGAGGUAAUGGUAUCGUAGGAGCACAGGUUCCCGUCGGUGCGGGUGUUGCUCUAGCCAACAAGUACUUAGAGAAUGGAGGCAUCAAUGUGUCUCUGUAUGGUGACGGUGCUGCUAAUCAGGGUCAACUUUUUGAGGCAUAUAACAUGGCCAAGCUGAUGAACCUUCCAUCUGUUUUCAUCUGUGAGAAUAAUGGUUACGGCAUGGGCACCAGUAUUGAUCGUGCUUCAGCCUCUACCAACUACUACACCCGAGGAGAUUAUGUCCCAGGAAUAUGGAUUGAUGGUAUGGAUAUGCUGAGUGUGCGGGAAGCCAUCAAAUAUUGUGUUGACUACUGCACAUCAGGAAAAGGCCCACUGGUACUGGAAGUUGCUACUUAUCGUUACCAUGGACACUCCAUGUCUGAUCCAGGCACCUCUUACCGCACCCGUGAUGAAAUCCAGGAGGUCCGCCAAACCCGUGACCCCAUCAUGUUGUUCAAAGAACGCAUUGUUGAUGCAAAUCUUGUUACUGCUGAUGAACUUAAGAAAAUUGACAGUGAAGUGCGUAAAGAAGUAGAUGAAGCCGUGAAGAUUGCCAAGAGUGACAAAGAGAUUGCUGUCCAGGAACUUGCUGCUGAUGUUUAUUCAAAUCCCUUGGAGUCCUCCAUUCGGGGCACAACACCCUUUGACCCUUACACACACCAGCGCCUCAGCAAAAUCAUCAAUCUGCACUGAUGUGUUCUUAGCAGUUGUGCUAAUGUUGUAACGUAUUAUACAUAUGAAAUUUGAACAGUACCUGUAUGUACCCUAUGUCUGUUCAGUGUUACCAGUGUUAGGUUUGCACCAUAAAAUGCUACUUGGUAGUUUCUGUACAGUACAAUAUAUAUAUUUUAAAACUGAUCACAUUCUAGCCAUUUUUGUUUCAAAUGAAUGCAAACUGUGGUUUCCAUAGUUUUUGUUUCAUUUAGAAAUGAAGACCUUUAAUUUUCUGCUGGGUGGGCUUGCUGUGCACACCAUGUUCCACCCACAACUUCUUGGUCCCCCCUUCUUGAGAUUCUUGGAUCUGCCCCUGGAAAUAUAUACAGGUAGAAUGAAUCCUUGGUAUAGUUGUGGAAAUGUGUUCCUAUCCACCCCGUGGCCAACCUAUAAUGACCUAUAGCAAACCUAUCCACCAACUACGUCCGUCGUUACAUGACCAGUGCACAUUCAUUCAUAAACAGUGAUACUACUACUGCAACGUUACCAUUUCAAGACACAGGUUACCACAUUUCUGAAGCUGUACGAGUACUGUACACAGUACAUUUA